GGUCACACCUCGACCUAAUAUGUCAACAGUUGGUAUUUUUUUGGGCUUGAUCGUCUAUCAGCCGACCGCCACAAACAGCUGUUGCGCAUUCGUUAAGUCUGGUCCCACAGCUUGCUAAGCCUAGUUUCUUUGCUGUGAUCAAUACAGAAGUAAAUAAAAUACGGUCGCAGUUCUAUCGCAACAAAUUCUAUAAAAGCAAAUGCCAUUCUUCGCAUUGCCUACGCCAAACGGAUUAUCUUAUCUCAAACUCAACAAAACAACAAAGUUGAACAAACGUGCCAAGCUGCAACAGCAACUACAUCAAGAACAACAGCAACAAGAAAGACAAACCACAAAGGCCCAACCGCAACAACCCACAAUCGGAAAAAUAAUCAACAUUGGCGCGCCAGUGGGCAGACCACCAAGAACCGAGACGGACGCUUGUCGGUGUCAGUUGCAUUUUGACAAUACCAACGAACCGCAAACACCCGCGCAAAAGUCAUGACAGCGCCUCUGCGGACAGUUGCAGCAUCUCCAUUGCCUUCGCCAUCGCCUUCGCCGUCGCAUCCCCUGCUUGCCACAGCUAAGACUCUAAACGCGCUGCUGCACAUGCCCGAUGCACCGCCGAUGGAGAUGAGCCAAAUUGGGUUGAUCUAUCGGGCGGAGGGUAAUGCAAAUUUGGUGCUGGCGUUGCCGCAAUUUAAAAAAGUUUUACGUUUGCCAAAAAUGAUAUCCAGCAGUCGGCAGACGCAGCAGGCGCAAACGCAGCACAGUUGCCAGUUGCCCGCCGGGGCAGGACAGCCGGAAGGACAGCCCAGCGUUUCCGACCCAACGAAAGCAUCAAGCGCUAAAGCUGUUGGUCCUGCCCCUUUUUUAGCUGGCGUCUUGACAAUGCCGGAUUUUAUGGCUUAUAUCGAGAUAAUGCGCCGUCUAUUAGGAAAUGAGUUUGUCUGCACAGCGGAUAUUGUUGCCAUACCAAAGGAAAGCGAUAUAUUCUGGAUAAACGAGCACAUACGCGCCCACAGACCGGUUUCGCGUCUGGAUAAGGAAUUUGUGGGGCCAUUUGGUCUGAUGCUGCCAGAUGUGACCCAAUUGCCUGCCACGUUCGAUGUUUUACUUGCCAAUUUACAGGCAAAGGACAUGAACGCGGACAUGGAUAUCUGCAGCGCCAGCAGCAGGAGCAACAAGGACAGCAGCGGAAUAACCCGUCUGGGCGAUACAUAUGCCAUCGAAAUAAAACCGAAACAGGGCUGGCUCCAGUUGCCAAGUGAUGUCAGCGAUUUAUUUGAUUUAAUGCCAGCGGGCGACGGGAAAACGGACUCGACCCCGGAUCCGGCUAAGGUGCGGCCAACAGGGCCGUUGUUGUUAACCCCAAACAGGUGCCGGUGUCGCUAUUGCAGCAUGCAGUUCGUAAAGUUGCAGACGGGCAAAAUCAAACGAUUGGGCGACUAUUGUCCAUUGGAGCUAUUCUCCGGUACACCCGGUCGUAUGCUCGAUGCCUUGAAUGCACUUUUCGCUUGUCCGCAAAAUAAUUUACGUGUAUUUCAGAGCGGCAAUUUAAUUUAUGGCGAUCACGCGAAUUCGAUUUCCUGUGAAGAGCUGCACUCUCGAGUUUUUCCAAGUGAAAUUAUGGCGCUUAUAAAACAUUUGCUGGUCGCCUGCCUGCUCAGGGAAUACAACAACGAGCUGGCCAAAGAGUUAGAAACCCGCAGUCAGAUUCAGAGUCCGAGCCAGAGCCAGAGCCAGAGCCAGAGUGUGAAUUCGAGUCUAAAUCUCAGCCACGUGGCAGGCGCUGCAUUUUGGGAAUCGCCAUCCGUGCCAUUUGGUGGCAUGGAGACAAAAGCAGCUACAGAAAUUUACGCAGCUAAUGUUGAUGUUGCUGCUGCUGCUGCUGCUGUUGUUACUGUGUCGAGUCACGUAAAAGAGCUAAAGCAGGUGAAAAAGCAGCAAGACACGAGAGAGAGGAAGGAGCAAAAAGAGGCUGACGAUGGAAUAGUUGAGUUUGUCGAAGCUGUUGUUGGUCAGCCACAGCGACGCUUUACAAGAGCAGCAGCUGAAAAAGCAAUCCCAAGGUACACAAAGCGUGGCAAAAUAGCAACGACAACGAGAACAACAACGUGCCAACGAGAAAGCACAACAACUGCGCCAACCAACUUGUCAACGAAUGUGGCAAUAGGAGCAACCCGAACGGAAGCGAAAACGGAAACGGAAACGGAAACACUGGCGACAGUGACUUCGACGACGACGAUGACGACGACGACGACGACGACGACGACUCCGAAUCCGAAAGCGACUCAAGUAGAGAUCAACAAAGCGGAAAUAUUUCACUUACCAAAAAACUGUGUGCUUCAGAAAAUUUUGCAUUUGCAAUUGCUGGUAAAGCGGCAUUUUCAUUACAUGUGGCAAAAGGGAUACGCUCAACAUGCCACGCCCACCUAUCAGGCGUUGCGUGCGCUCCUAAGCUCCACCGAAGAGGUCGAUGUGGAUAAACUGCCAGCAGAGCAGGCAUACAUGCUGGGUGCGACGGCUUUGGACUGCUCCAUAAUGCUGACGUUUCAGGAAAUACGCUGCCCGGCCAAGCACAUCAGCUCGUUGCAACCUUGGCUUGUCUGUGUGCAGGACCGUCAGUUUCUAACCAAGCUGAGCGUACUGGAUUUGGAUCCCAAGCCUGACAGUCACUACCAUAAAUUCAUAAAGCACACACGCGAAAUUGAAAAGUGCUGUCGACCAUUAAAUUAAUUA